AUGCCUUUCCAUCGGAUCAGUCAAUGGACUGGGGGAUUCUUCGAAGACACUUCCUUGACCAAGAUUGGGUUUGAAGUCCACCUUGGCCAUGCAGGCGAGCCUUGCCCCGGACUGACCGAUGAGUGGUGCGACACAGAUGAUGAAGGAGACCAAUUCACAGACGGCCCAUGGAUACCAUUGGUUAAUGAUCCUCGGAUGACUAUGGUGGUGGAUACGUCCGGGCUCCACUCCAUGAUGAUCAGAUUCUGUCAGUGCGCCGGUGCACUGAGCCCGGACAUGCAACUAUUUGAAACCGGCCUCUUCCCUGCAUCUUUUACUUCGCCGAAGACAGCAUUUACAUUUGCGGUGUUGGACGACUUCCUGCUGGACAACCUGGAAUGCGGGACAUCAGCAAUGAACUACUACAUGAGUGAUGUGGAUUUCCUGCAUUGCAUUGCUCACAAUAGCCGAAAGGACCGGUACAGAGAAUUGAUGAGGGUCGGCAGGCAGUGGAGACAAGUGAAGCAGCUCAAGUGGCAUGGGUUUGGCCAUGAGAAGCGAAAGCCGAAGGCAGGGGAGCUUGCACUCUUCUGUCCUGCAUGUCCUCAGCCCGGUGUAAACCUCAGUAUGUCAGACAGAAAUGGAUCCGACCCUGCAUGGCUAUAUUCCAGAUCUUUGGUCAUGGAUGGCAAUUUCAAGGCCAAGCAUUUACAUCCCACCAAUCCGACCGAUGAAGUGGCAUUGACUGAUGGCUUGGGCUUCAUGGUCAGCGACGCCCGAUACAAAAUGCAUCUAUCCCAGGUGCAGGACAUUGUACAAAGGUCAGACUGUAAUAACCACCAAGCGGUCAACCAAGCAAAUGCUUCCCACCACCGGCUGGAAGCCACAGGGAUAGGAGGGUGUGCUUGCGCGAGACACGGGUGUUUUGUCCCUCAUUCAAUGGUGGACUUUCAGAAGGGGGAAAGGCAAAUGAAUAUGGAUUACGCGCUGUGUCAAGCUCUGGGGUACAACACCGAUGGUAUUGAUCGGGCAUUGACUUUCUAUGACAUUAAUUGUCAAUACAACAAGCAUCUGAGCAAGCGGAUUGAGGACUCGCCCUAUCUUGACCUUCCAUGGGGCAUGGAGAUUAUUCCUGGCAUCGGGCUCUGGCAUGUCCACGGCCAUCAAGACAAAUGCUAUGUGCAGUAUGCAUCCAAUUUCAUAACAGGUGCCACCAGAAUCGACGGCGAAAUCAUGGAGACCCUGUGGGCGCCCUUGAACAUCAUAUCACCGUCGGCAAGAGGGAUGUCCACCCCUCACCGAAAGGAGUGUUUGGACUUUCAGAUGAAUGAUUGCAAUUUUAUGAAGAUGAUACGCAUCAGCAAAUUCCUUUGCCGAAAAUUUAAGGAGGCCACCGCCAAGGAUGACACCCUUGUCAAAUGGGAAGCAGAGGCCACUGCUGCUGAAGAUGACCGACUUCAUAAUCCCAGCUCCAUGGAUAUAUACGAAGUUCAGUUGGCCAAAGCACCAACAAGAAAACAGCAAGAGUUGCACCUACUGAACCGUCAGGCACAAUGGCCCGCCGGUGAGAUUCACCAGGGUGCUGCAACUUGGCUGGCCUGUGGAAUGACACUGGAGGAAGUGCAAGUAGCCCUCCUGAUCGAUGUCAACAAGUUGGGGAAACGGCCGACCAACAAUCAGAAGCUGGCUAUUGCCCGGCAUCGUGACAGAUUGCAAGGUCAACUAGAUGAAUUUGUGAGGGUCGCACCGACAUUUCUUGGCAAUGAAUUCAACAGCUGCGACCAUUUGGACGGUAUGACAGUUAUGUUGGACACAACAGAAUUGGAUUCCGUCGGAUCAUCAUCGGAGGCUCCCGAUCAGUCAGAUGAUGAAGACCAAUGUGAUAUAUCGGUGGAGUUCAAUCCUGAGACCGUGGUGAUUCCAUUACCGUCAAACAUCGGCAUCAAAAGGUGCGCCGAGUGGGGCGUCUCCGACCUUGUGCUACAAGAAAUAUCCUUAAGAGAGGGCCAAGCAAACGAUGCAUUGCAUGCUGUGAGGGUCAACUUGGCCGACAAGGCCGUUCUCUUUCGCACCACGGUUCAGUCGGCAAAGUCACAAGCACGGUCGACCAGAGCAUGGGCUCGUGUGCACUCAGUUGACAGAGUUCUUAACCUCAACACACAGAUCUACGCAAAAUGCCGGAAGCAGCUCAUUAAUCUCGGUGCCGAUGACUUAUUGAUGAAGUAUCGGCUAUUGGAGAAGGCCGACCUCAAGGCCACUACCGUGGUGGCAGACACAAAUGCCCGUGGUCAAAGAAAUAGCACAUUAGCCUGGUUUUGGUCCAUUGACGUUGAGGGGGAUUCUACCAGCAAUGACUGGAUGAAUGAAUUUUACCGUGUCCAUUGGCUCAGGACAUUGGCACUGCAAAAUCGUUGGGAAGAGGAGCUACUGCUGGUCGGUCGAGAAAUGACAUGGACGGUUGCAUUCUUUAUGCAUAAAUCUCAACAAUGGGUCCGCCGAAUGCAGGAGGCCGAUGCAAAGGACAUCAUUGGGCACCGCUGCUAUGCAGCCCGCCAGGCUCAAAUGUAUCUCCGACUAUCCCAGCAUGCAGAAGACAGCUUUGAGAGAACAAAAGGGGUGGCUGAGGUUGCGGAGUGA